ACCUUGCUUGGAAUAAGUUGGAUUCCACCGUAAGACAUGCUCUCGGUUUGUGAUCUCCUCUCUUUUCUCCUAUAUAAGAAAAAUAUCAAUCCAAGAAAUUCCUUUUGAUAUGCGCUAGAGAAGUUUUUUUUUACGCUCUCGAGAUUUUGCUGCAACAACUUGUAGUGGCCAUCAUGAACCAACAAGUAGCAAUUGGAGCUUGCAUGGGUGAAGGUACUGGUGCAAAGCAUAUGAGUAAUAGAACAAGUAGCAAUCAAUUUUCUGACACUUCAGGCGAGGAGGAAACAAUGAGGUACAUUGUGGCAGACUUGUUUGAUUCGCUAGGUUUCGGAAAGUUGGACAUUUAUCCUGGAGAAGAAAGUAAAAGUGUAGAUAAAUUCAAAGAUGCAACUGUAACUGGUUUCAGUGAGGGUGCUGGUGUUGCCGAUGUGAGUUACCAAACAAACAAGGAAGCCCGUUGUACUGGGACUUCAGAUAAGCCAGAUGAAUGGAUCAAAGAUGAACUCUAUUAUUAUCUAUUACGAACAGCGAAAAAGCACAACGGUAAUUAUAUACCACAAUAUGAGCAGCAGUAUGGUAACUUUGAUGAUGCCUCUAAGCAUCCCAGGUAUCGUUUUCUAGGGUAGGUUAUAAAACCUCUUGUUUGUCUUAAACUCAAAAUAGAACUUAAAUUUAGAUGUCUGGUUGUAUGGAGAAUCUUUUUUUUAGUGAACUGUACUUCUAUGACGAAAACUUUGGAAGAUUGUCUGAUUUGUUCAUAUUAUUAUUCUACUGCUGCUGGUGUUUUGGUUGUUUAUCAACCAUUUAUCAAUGUCAGUACUGUGCGAUCUAUUUGGAUGUAUUUUUUCUCUUAAA